ACUAUUGGCGUCAAGCAGGAGAUACAGGUCCAUGAAAACAAGAACAAACAGACUACAAAAGAGUUUUCAUCCAACAGCCGUAUGGCUCUCCAACGUCUCUACGUGAUUGCUCUCAUUGCACUGCUCGGAGUCUCGUGCUUCGCCUCCCCUCUGUUUCAACCCGGGACGGACGGCAAGACAGAGCCGGCGCUCCGCGCCAGGAGAGACGUCCUCGGCAAGGCCCUGACGCGGCGGGAGAACUCUGUCCAGUCUCGUGAUGCGCGGAUGGAACGGAUGAUCACCCUUCCCGACGACCAGCGCGAGUUCAUGAACCGGCAGAUCAUGCAGGUCCUUGCAGAAAUUAUCAGUCGAGACGAAUGCUUCUUAGACCGGGACUACAAAGGCUGGGUAGACUUUGGGAAACGAAGCAGCGACUGAUUUUUGCAUUAGGUUUACUAUGCAUUUAGGUUUACUAGGUUUAUGUAAAGGAUCAGUAACCAGAAGUGUAUUGCAUUUGCUUGUUCACUUGAAAUAAAUGCCACAGCAUAG